AUGCCGGUCGCCUACGACUUCGUCAAUCGGGGCUCAGCGCCUAAUCCUGGUGCACUCUGCCUUGAAGACAAAUUUGAAGUCCUCAAGGAUAUUGGAGAUGGCAGCUUUGGCAGUGUUGUUCUAGCUCGAACACGGAGCGCUGGCGCUCAUGUUGCGAGAAGAGGUACUUUGGUUGCGAUCAAAACGAUGAAGAAGACGUUUGAGUCUUUUUCUCCCUGCCUGGAGCUUCGGGAGGUCAUCUUUCUGCGCACUUUACCGGCACAUGUUCAUCUUGUGCCUGCUCUGGACAUUUUCCUAGACCCACUGAGCAAGAAGCUUCACAUUGCCAUGGAGUACAUGGAUGGCAACUUGUAUCAGCUGAUGAAGUCGAGGGAUCACAAGUGCUUCGAUGGUGCUACAGUUAAGAGCAUCCUCUUUCAGAUUCUUGGUGGAUUGGAGCAUAUUCACGCCCACAACUUCUUUCACCGAGACAUUAAGCCGGAGAAUAUUCUCGUCUCAACGUCAGCUCCUCAAGAGGCGGGAGCCACUUUUCGACGCUACUCGGCCCUUAUCACGCCACCAUCAACUCCGCCCAUGUACACUGUCAAGAUCGCAGACUUUGGCUUGGCUCGCGAAACCCAAUCGAGGUUGCCCUACACCACCUAUGUCUCCACCCGUUGGUAUCGUGCCCCCGAGGUUCUUCUCCGCGCUGGCGAAUACUCUGCGCCGGUCGAUAUCUGGGCUAUGGGCGCCAUGGCGGUUGAAAUUGCUACACUGAAGCCGCUGUUUCCCGGAAGCAACGAGGUAGACCAAGUCUGGAGGGUUUGUGAAAUCAUGGGUAGCCCAGGAAACUGGUAUAACAAAGCUGGCCAGAGAGUUGGUGGCGGCGAAUGGAGAGACGGCACACGGCUGGCGCAAAAGCUUGGCUUUGCCUUCCCCAAGAUGGCACCCCAUUCCAUGGACACGAUCAUUCAGCCGCCUCAGUGGCCGCCAGCUCUGGCCCAUUUUGUCUCGUGGUGCCUCAUGUGGGAUCCCAAGAACCGUCCUACCUCAACUCAGGCCUUGGCCCAUGAGUACUUUGCCGAUGCAGUAGAUCCGUUGCGACCCAAAUCUUCUGCUUCGCGAAUCCUCAAUCGCAAACACUCUGACAUUAGUCAUCGGUCCUCUAGAGACCUCGGGGACUACUCUCCCACCCUUCCCUCGAAGCCGUCGUGGUUUCGCAAGUCGCUCAUCAUUCGAGAUCAGCCCAAUGCUGCUUCGCAACAACCGACCGUGGCGCAACAUGCUGCGGCCCGACCUGUACCUGUCCACUCUGUCUCGACUGAACACGCAAGCUCUCCGAAAGCGCGGCCUCACCCAAGUAAACGAGCUACUUGGACAAAUGGCGUUUCUUCCAAGGCCGCACCAAUUCCAAUCCUACCUUCAAUUAAACCCAUUUCGCCCAUGCCCGAUGGAACGACUGCACAGGCGAAUGGCCGGACAGUCAAGGGCGCACCAGCAGGUGACAACCGCCGUAUUGUGUUUGAUGACCGAGCUGCGAAGAAGAUUGGAAGACAGCUCUCUGUUGCUUCUUACAACAACAACAACAACAGUAAUUACACGGAAGCGUGUCGUCAAGACGCGGAAAGGGCAUUAAAUGGUAGCGGUGCUAUUACUCCCCCGGUUGCUCCCAAAGAGAGCUUCUUCUCCCACCUUCGCAAGCGGGCACGACGGCUCUCUGGGCGUCAUCAGCUCCCUCUGUCUCCCAAUGCUGACGACAUCGAAGCAAGUGCCGGAUGCGCGCCUUGGAGCAAUCGUUCCUCGAUAAAUUUCGAUCGCACUCCAAUGGUGAGCCCAGCUCACAAGAAUGAUUACAGCGAGGCUGAGAAGGCUCUUCAGAGUGGUCGUAACAGCAUUGAUGCCAGUCGGUCCCCUAGCAUUGGCUAUCCUGGCGGAGUUCUUCGACAGCCUGGCGGUGGAAGUGGCAGUAAUACUCCGGUCCGACGACAGCCGUCGUUGCGUAGCCAGCGAGAGUCGGUUGACAAUUUGGCAGCCGCAGCAACAAACCCUGGGUCUCUGGUUACCCGUCCACGCCGGGCGCUCCAAGCUUCAACGUCGCCGAUGCAGCGAUAUGAGACUCCUGAUGAAGAAGAAGAGCUGCUUGAUGAGGUGUUGGCAUCUGCGCGCCAGGCGGUCAAGCGGCUCGACAUUCGGGAUGAUCACAAGGUCAGCAACAAGGAAAAUGAGCCUCGGGGCUUGCAUGCAACCUAUGUCAACCCAUAUCCCACUCCCUCUCAUUCCGCCAAGCGAGACAGCAAGUUUGGUCAGGUGGCCCUUGACACCCCAAGCAAGCCAUUUGAUCUCGGCCAUAUUGGUGGCACGACACAGCGAGGUUCUCAUCUAGCAACUCCGCCGUAUGAGGAACACGAGUGGGGGGCAGCUGCAGCGGCG